AUGACAUCCAUAAAUAUUCACCUUGAAGCUAUCCAAACCAAAGCCGACGAUUCGAAAGAAUUCGAAGGAGUCAUCAACGACAAUAUCGAAAAAGCCAUCCAGGAACAGGGGAUGAGAUCUAAGAAAGAUCUGGAAUCAUCCCUGAACCAUGAGUGGAAUGAUAGGCUGAAAGAGGAAAACGAAAAAAUGCUCGAAAGGAUCGGCAAGGAAACGGCCGAUGUAGCACGUUGCAUAAGUAUUGUAAACUAUGUUGGCAUCAUCGCGGCAGGCAUUGGGCUUACAGCUCAAGUUAUCGACAUCUUCAGAUAUGGCACCGCCAUACUUGGAAGCAAACUGGUUGGGCGUGGCUUGAUCAAGGUCGCGAACAAAGGAAAUGGGGCAAAGGUCAUCAAAGGUAUCAAGAAGGUGGGAGGGGCGAUCGCCAUCCUCUCAGUCAUCGGAGACACGUACCUCAGUGUCUACAGUCUUUCCGAAGGGGGUCACCACCGACGGGAGCUUCAAAGGCGAGUCAACUUGCAGAUAGCUGAUGGUAUUUUCAUCAAGAAACUGACAGAUAAUAUCAGUGCUAUCAGAGACCUCUGUGCUCGGCGCUUCAGUGUCAAGUAUAUCCAAGAUCUGCACCAAAAGUACCGCUCCUUUUUGCAGAGCAUGUACACGGCGGUCAAAACAGAUCGCGUGAUCAAGAAAAAGCUGAGGAUGGGAAAAAUCACGCAAAAGGAUUAUGAGGAAAGGAUGAAGGAUGUUAUCGAAGGAAUAGCAGAGGAAUUAAAAGACCAAUGCAAGAAUGUCACUUUCAAUAAGGUGUAUGGGGAGCUACAAAGGGAGGAUAACCGCAACAACGCCUGGACAAAGGAGGAUUUGGAGGAGGAUGAACUCAGAGAACGUUGGGAUAAUGGGGAGAUUACACAGUUUCUGUCCAGUAAGGCAAAUGAAAAGAUAGAGGAGGAGGGGGGCGAGGUCAUGAUGUCGGCUCAGUUGGAGGAAGACGACGAUGAAGACCUCGAAGUGCCAGAGGACGGGGAUUGCAGUAGCGAGGAUGACAGCAUAAGCGACAAUUCUGAUGAGGAGAACUAG